AAUGUACAACAUUUUGACAGCAAAAUCAUCGGAGCGCGAUACUAUAAUAGCCAAAACUUUUACGAUACUACCGACAUCAUACCUCUGAGGGACUCAGUCAGACAUGGGACUCACACAGCCUCCAUUGAAGCAGGUAGAGAAGUGGCAGGAGCAAGUGUCUUUGGCUUGGCUCAAGGAAUUGCAAGGGGUGGAAUUUCUAAUGCAAGAAUUGCUGUGUACAAAGUUUGCUGGGCGAUGGGAUGUAGCAUUGCAGAUAUCUUGGCUGCUUUUGAUGAUGCAAUUGCUGAUGGAGUUGACAUCAUAUCAGCUUCGUUUGGGAUGUCUGCAGCUUACACCUUCACAGACGACCCAGUUGCAAUUGGAUCCUUUCAUGCAUUAAAGAAAGGGAUUUUGACCAUAACUGCUGCAGGGAACUAUGGACCUCUGUGUGCUCCUAUCAGUAAUGUCUCACCGUGGCUACUUACUGUGGGAGCUAGCACUAUUGACAGGAAGUUUGUGACUCAAUUGGCUCUUGGAAAUGGAAAAACCUUCAUGGUGAGCAAUUCUUAUCUACCCUACUCUAACUUUUGUCGUCCAAGAAACUUUCAUCUCUAA